UUGUUUUGAAUUCGCAAUUUGUCAAAACAUUGGUUUUCUGCAGCAGUGGAUCAGGAUAAAAAGAAAUCGAUAAUCAAUUGGUGCUUAUACACUUGUAUCUCCUGGUGUUUUGCAGCAAUUACGUGUAUAUUGAACUGGCGGUAAUGUCAUAUGAUGGAGAAGCUAGAAAAUCUGAACGCAGCCACUAUUAGUUCGAGUGAUACGAAGGAACAAGAAAAAUCGAUAGCUUUCCAAGCGGAUCGCAGCUUUGACGAGAUCUACGAUGAAACUUGCCGAAUGGUGGACAUAAAGGACUCUGCUGAAGAGAAUGGAUAUUUACCAGACUCACAACCGACCGGAAAGAGUAUUGCGUUUGUCCAGCCAAACAACCAUCGGAGAUCUGAUGAACCCACCGAGCUAAGCUUUGAGAAAUUUCCGGAAAAUCACGAAGAGAAAUUGAAACGCAUCAAGAUAGAAAAUGCUUUGGAUGAUGUUUCUACCACACAGGAUGAGUGGAGGCUGUUUGCAAAAUCCGAAUACGGUCUCAUAAAUGAUGAUCUUCGGCGAAAAGUAUGGCCUCUGCUUGUCGGCGUCGACCCCAACCUAGUCGAUCCCGCUCCAUCGCUCGAGGAACUGAACAGCCACCCCGAGUAUAACCAAGUUGUGCUUGAUGUAAAUCGUUCCCUGAAACGAUUUCCACCGGGUAUUCCUUAUGAGCAACGCGUAGCGCUUCAAGAUCAAUUGACCGUUCUUAUACUGCGAGUAAUCAUCAAGUAUCCACAUCUUAAAUACUACCAGGGGUAUCACGACGUAGCAAUCACAUUUCUGCUAGUGGUAGGUGAAGAAGUAGCAUUUCAUGUAAUGGAAAUACUUUCGACAAAUCAUUUAGUGGAGUGCAUGCAAGAGACAAUGGAACCGACCCAAAAGAGGCUUAUGUUUAUCUACCCUUUGAUUCGGAGAGAGAACGCAACACUUUGUAACUACCUGGAGAGAUCAACGGUUGGGACACUAUUCGCACUGCCCUGGUAUCUAACUUGGUUUGGGCAUAGUCUAAACUCGUACCGGUCGGUUGUGCGUUUGUAUGACUACUUCCUUGCCUCGGAUUUUCUUCUGCCUAUAUACGUUACAUCGGCAAUCGUACUGUACAGACAGAAUGAGAUAUUCCAGGAGGAUUGUGACAUGGCUUCUUUGCAUUGCUUGCUUUCUCAAUUGCCAGAGGAUCUACCAUUUGAAUACCUUCUGAAAAAUGCAGAAGAGUUGUAUCGAAAGUAUCCACCCGAGAAAGUCGAAAAAGAUGUUGAAAACAUGAUCGCCAAUGAGAAACGACAACGCCUGAAAGAAGAGCGGGAGCGUGAGCGACGGAAGGCUUAUGGUGUCGCCAAACCAGGUCAUCACUCAUUCAUCGGUCGUAUUCUGCCUCAUCUACAGGUGACACGGAGAUCCGUGUUCGUCACUACUGCGUUUUCCAUCCUGGUCGGAUUCUGUGCUUAUUACUACCGCGCUCAGUUAAUGCCACUUUCUGCGGUUAGAUGAGGCGAACUUUUCCGGCGGAUUCCGUCGUCCUUCACCGUUAUAACCAGCCCGCUGACUGCAUACUGGGGCUGGGGUGUUUCACGAAUGCAGUGAACUUGAUCGCAGUAUCGGAGACCGUUAUCCAAGACUUGAAAUGUGGCCAAGCUUAGGUCGGUUGAAACGAUUUAAUUAAAUACAAAUGUGAUUAGUUUUCCCUCGUGGCGACCAUGAAAUAAGAUUUAACGUCAUUAUCUCACUUUAUUUUGUCAUUUUGUAAAUAUAUGUAUUUUUAUUAUCAUAUAAAGUGGAGUUAAUGUAUGCUUUACAAGGGUUAAUGUAAAAAAUGAACAAUAGUUUUAAUAGGCUUUCUUAAAAAUCCACUAGAAAUAAGUCGCACUGUUAUGUUAAAUUCUGUCAAAUCAAAUUGUAUAUUUUUUCGCAAUGUUUAAUUGAUUCACAUAUAAAGCAUUAAUAUCCAUCCAAACUGUUUUUUAU